UUAACAUCGCAGUAAUAUAAGGUGAAACCAAUCAUUGUAUCCGAACCGUAUUAUUAUCUUUCUAUCAGCCAAUGAGUUUCGGUCUGUUUAUCUAGGAUAUUAAAGAAGCGGUAUUUAAUGAAAAUCUCUCCUACCUUUUCUACAGUAUCUUCUUAAACAUUGUAAAUAACAGUCGUAAGAUGUGGAAAACAACGACGGUUAUACUUGUGUUAUCAAUUGGUGUAUAUUAUCUUAUAUCCAAUACGGAACAAUUGAAGAAGCCAGAUUUGCCGGAAACUUUUUGGGGAUCUGAUAAGAACAAAGCAGCAUCGAAAGAAAUUCGACCAUUCAAGAUAGACGUACCAAAAUCGGUCAUAGAUGAUUUAAAUAAACGUCUGGAAAAUCCAAGAUUAAAUGUUGAACCAUUAGAAGGUGUUGCUUGGACUUACGGUUUACCAGCACCUUUUUUAAAAAAUAUUAUUGAAUAUUGGCGUACUAAAUAUAACUGGAACGAGAGGCAAGCUCUUCUUAACAAAUAUCCACAAUUUGUAACAAAUAUUCAAGGUCUGGACAUCCACUUUUAUCAUGUAAAACCGUCGAAUUUACCAAAGAAUAAGAAAAUCAAAGUUUUACCAAUUCUUAUCGCCCAUGGUUGGCCUGGUUCAGUUGUAGAAUUUCAAAAGAUUAUUCCACUGUUGACCACACCCAAACCAGACAGAGAUUUCGUUUUUGAAGUUAUUGCUCCAUCUUUACCUGGAUAUGGUUUCAGUGAUGCUGCUGUACGACCUGGAUUAUCACCAGUUCAUAUCGGUAUUAUUUUUAAAAAUCUCAUGGCAAGGCUUGGUUUUGAAAGAUAUUAUAUCCAAGGAGGUGACUGGGGUUCUCUUAUAACAAGUUCAAUGGCUGUUGUUUAUCCGGAAAAAAUUUCUGGACUACAUUCUAACUUGUGCGUAAAUAAACCAAUCGACAUUUGGUAUCUUAUUGGAAUAUUAUUUCCAUCUCUUGUUAUUGACAAGCAAUACGAAAAUAGAGUUUAUCCAUUGAAAGAUAAAAUCUAUUUUUUAUUGGAAGAAAGUGGAUAUUUUCAUAUACAAGCUACCAAGCCAGAUACGAUUGGUUUGGCAUUGAUGAAUUCACCAGUAUCCUUGGCAGGAUACAUACUCGAGAAAUUCAGUACAUGGACAAAUAAAGAAUAUAAAACUAGAAAGGACGGUGGUCUAUUUGAGAAAUUUACUUUGGAUGAACUUUUGGAUAAUGUUAUGUUAUACUGGGUGACUGAUUCUAUAACGACUAGUGUACGUCUUUAUGCUGAACAAUAUGCCAUCUCUAAUAUUAAUUUACAAAUCGAUGAUUUCCCCAUCGAUGUACCUACAGCUUGUGCCAUAUUUCCUAACGAAUUGGUUUAUGUACCAGAAAAAAUGAUUAGAAAUAGAUAUUUGAAUUUAAUUCAAAUAAACCAUAUGCCAGGAGGUGGUCAUUUCGCAGCUAUGGAAGAACCUCUUUUACUUGCAAAUGACAUAUACGAUUUUGUUGCCAAAGUCGAAGAAUUAUCCAAGAAAGAAAAUAAAACAGCAACUGUGAUUCCUGAACAGGAUAAUAAAAAAACUAAAAAAACUAAAAAAACAAAAUAGAUAUAAACUGUCAAUACGUCAUUUCUUUUGAAAGUAUUUUGUUUCAGUUAGUAUUUUUUCUUUUUUAGAAGUAAUUCUAUAGAAAUUUUUAUAAUAUAUUGAAUUGAUAAAAAAAAACGAUAUUAUGCACUAUCGAUAUUAAUUUUAGAUUGCAUAUAAGUAUAAGUAUAUGUCACUAAUUAUAAAAAUACUUUAUAUAUCAUUGUGAAUAAAUGAUUAUUUUCU